AUGUAUCUAUCUAUGCUCAUUUUCUUUCUAUCUAUCUUUGUUCAUAUCUAUCUAUCUCAGUCUUUUCAUAUCUAUCUAUCUAUCUAUCUAUCUAUCUAUCUAUCUAUCUAUCUAUCUAUCCAUCUAUCUCAGUCUGUUCCUAUGUAUCUAUCUUUAUAUAUUGUUUUAUUUCUGUCUAUCUAUCUAUCUAUCUAUGCUCAGUUUCUAUCUAUCUAUCUAUCUAUCUAUCUAUCUAUCUAUCUAUCUAUCUAUGCUCAUUUUCUUUCUAUCUAUCUUUCUUCAUAUCUAUCUAUCUUAGUCUUUUCAUAUCUAUCUAUCUAUCUAUCUAUCUAUCUAUCUAUCUAUCUCCGUCUGUUCCUAUGUAUCUAUCUAUAUCUGUCUGUACAUACCAACCUGUUUCAUCUGGUCUAUAUCUAUCUGUCUGUCUACCUAUCUAUCUCAGAUUGUUUUAUUUCUAUCUAUCUAUCUAUCUAUCUAUCUAUCUAUCUAUCUAUGCUCAUUUUCUUUCUAUCUCAGUCUUUUCAUAUCUAUCUAUCUAUCUAUUUAUCUAUCUAUCUAUCUCUGUUCCUAUCUAUCUAUAUCUGUCUGUACCUACCUACCUGUUUCAGUAGGUCUAUAUCUAUCAACGGAUCUAUCUUAGAUUGUUUUAUUUCAUAUCUAUCUAUCUAUCUAUCUAUCUAUCUAUCUAUCUAUCUGCUCAUCUCAUUUUCUACCUAUCUAUCUAUCUAUCUAUCUAUCUAUCUAUCUAUCUAUCUAUCUAUCUAUCUAUCUAUAUAUCUCUGUCUGUACAUCCUACCUGUUUCAGUAGGUCUAUAUCUAUCUACCAAUCUGCCUAUCUCAGAUUGUUUUCUUUCUAUCUAUCUAUCUAUCUAUCUAUCUAUCUAUCUAUCUAUCUAUCUAUGCUCAUUUUCUUUCUAUCUCAGUCUUUUCAUAUCUAUCUAUCUAUCUAUCUAUCUAUCUAUUUAUCUAUCUAUCUAUCUAUCUCAGUCUGUUCCUAUGUAUCUAUCUAUCUCUAUUGUUUUAUUUCUAUCUAUCUAUCUAUCUAUCUAUCUAUCUAUCUAUCUAUCUAUGCUCAUUUUCUAUCUAUCUAUCUAUCUAUCUAUCUAUCUAUCUAUCUAUCUAUCUAUCUAUGCUCAUAUUCUUGCUAUCUAUCUAACUUAUCUUUUCAUAUCUAUCUAUCUAUCUAUCUAUCUAUCUAUCUAUCUAUCUAUCUAUCUCAGUCUGUUCCUAUGUAUCUAUCUUUUAUAUGUCUGUACAUACUUUCAUCCGUUUCACGUCUAUAUCUAUCUACCCAUCUACGUAUCUAUCAUAGAUUGUUUUAUUUCUGUCUAUCUAUCUAUCUAUCUAUCUAUGCUCAGUUUCUAUCUAUCUAUCUAUCUAUCUAUCUAUCUAUCUAUCUAUGCUCAUUUUCUUUCUAUCUAUCUUUCUUCAUAUCUAUCUAUCUUAGUCUUUUCAUAUCUAUCUAUCUAUCUAUCUAUCUAUCUAUCUAUCUAUCUAUCUCCGUCUGUUCCUAUGUAUCUAUCUAUAUCUGUCUGUACAUACCAACCUGUUUCAUCUGGUCUAUAUCUAUCUGUCUGUCUACCUAUCUAUCUCAGAUUGUUUUAUUUCUAUCUAUCUAUCUAUCUAUCUAUCUAUCUAUCUAUCUAUCUAUCUAUCUAUCUAUGCUCAUUUUCUUUCUAUCUCAGUCUUUUCAUAUCUAUCUAUCUAUCUAUUUAUCUAUCUAUCUAUCUCUGUUCCUAUGUAUCUAUCUAUAUCUGUCUGUACCUACCUACCUGUUUCAGUAGGUCUAUAUCUAUCUACGGAUCUAUCUUAGAUUGUUUUAUUUCUAUCUAUCUAUCUAUCUAUCUAUCUAUCUAUCUAUCUAUCUAUCUAUCUAUCUAUCUAUGCUCAUUUUCUACCUACCUAUCUAUCUAUCUAUCUAUCUAUCUAUCUAUCUAUCUAUCUAUAUAUCUCUGUCUGUACAUACCUACCUGUUUCAGUAGGUCUAUAUCUAUCUACCAAUCUGCCUAUCUCAGAUUGUUUUCUUUCUAUCUAUCUAUCUAUCUAUCUAUCUAUCUAUCUAUCUAUCUAUCUAUCUAUCUAUGCUCAUUUUCUUUCUAUCUCAGUCUUUUCAUAUCUAUCUAUCUAUCUAUCUAUCUAUUUAUCUAUCUAUCUAUCUAUCUCAGUCUGUUCCUAUGUAUCUAUCUAUCUCUGUCUGUACCUACCUAUCUACGGAUCUAUCUUAGAUUGUUUUAUUUCUAUCUAUCUAUCUAUCUAUCUAUCUAUGCUCAUUUUCUAUCUAUCUAUCUAUCUAUCUAUCUAUCUAUCUAUCUAUCUAUACUCAUAUUCUUGCUAUCUAUCUAA